UAUUGCACAUAGCCAGGCAUGUCUGACUCCCUAUACUUACUGAGAGCGAAUGUAUAGCUCCUCCCAGCACAUUAUAAAUCGAAUAAGCCCAGUGUUCCUCUAAACUGGAAAUCAGGAAGGAGAGAGGAGAACUGCUAAAAAGGUCUAUUUGACGAUGGCUGAAAAGGUCCUAGUAACGGGUGGUGCGGGGUACAUUGGGAGUCACUGUGUCCUGGAAAUGCUGGAGGCUGGAUACUAUCCAAUAGUAAUCGAUAACUUUCACAAUGCAGUCAGGGGAAAGGGUGGUCUCCCAGAAAGUCUUCAAAGAGUGAAGGAGAUAUCUGGGAAGGACUUUGAAUUCGAAGAGCUCGAUAUGCUUAAUAAGGAGGGUCUAAACCGCUUGUUUGACAAGCACAGAUUCUCUGCAGUUCUGCACCUGGCAGGGCUGAAAGCGGUUGGGGAGUCGGUGGAGAAGCCUCUGUUUUAUUACAAGGUGAACCUGACUGGAACCAUCCAGCUUCUGGAGGUAAUGAGUUCACAUGGGGUCCAUAAACUGGUGUUCAGCAGCUCAGCAACGGUGUACGGUGAUCCUAAAUAUCUGCCUAUAGAUGAAAGCCAUCCAGUAGGAGGCUGCACAAAUCCGUAUGGGAAAACAAAAUAUUUUAUUGAAGAGAUGAUAAAGGAUCAAUGUAAAGCUAAUGGGGACUUCAAUGCUAUUCUAUUGAGAUAUUUUAAUCCGAUUGGUGCUCAUGUGUCAGGACGUAUUGGAGAAGAUCCCCAGGGCAUUCCCAACAACCUAAUGCCAUACGUCUCUCAGGUGGCUGUGCGACGGAGGGAGUUUUUAAAUGUGUUUGGAAAUGAUUAUAAUACACCUGAUGGGACAGGUGUUCGAGAUUACAUCCACAUUGUCGAUCUGGCUAGAGGUCACAUCAGUGCUCUUAAAAAAUUAGAAUCCAGCAGUGGAUGUAAGGUUUACAAUCUUGGUACUGGAGUUGGGUAUUCAGUUCUCCAGAUGGUAAAAGCUAUGGAGAAGGCUUCUGGAAAAGAAGUUCCUUAUAAAAUUGUGGCAAGACGGGAAGGUGACAUUGCUACAUGCUAUGCAGAUCCUACAUUGGCUGCGGCAGAGCUGGGAUGGAAGGCAGAAUAUGACCUGGAUAGAAUGUGUGAGGAUCUGUGGCGUUGGCAAUCGCAAAAUCCUACAGGCUUUAGCCCAAAGGAGUGAACAUGCCUGAACUGCAACCAUAAAGGACAAGACUGCACCCUAUGAUUAGUAUACUUAGCUAAAUAUUUAUGUAUAACAAAUUCCCCCAAAUGAACCUGCUUUACCAUAGCCCUAGAACUGGAACAAUAAUCUCAGGUCUUCCUCCAAUGAAGCAUCCAUGCUUGUAAAGGAAUAUCACUGCUACCUCACGUAUAUCCAUCAUGUUGAACCGCGUAGAGAGUUUCAAAGAGACUUUUUUCAAAACUCUAAACAAAGGAGGCCAUGGCAUUCCAUGCAGCUUGAAAUCUGUUCCCUUAAUUUAAUUGAUCUUUUGCUUUUUCUAAAUUAUUUAAUAUUUCUACUUUCUGAUAAAUGUCUCUUUCAAAAUG